UCGCUCGGCCAGGGUUAUUUUUUUAAAGCGCGGCCGAAGGCCGCCAACGCAGAGAGGAGUUAUUCGCGAAAGUACUUCAGUCACCCCGGGUAUUCGCUCGGCCAGGGUUAUUUUUUUAGAGCGCGGCCGAAGGCCGCCAAUGCAGGAAAGUUUACUACGCGAAAGUACUUUACUCACCCCUGGUAUUCGCUCGGCCAGGGUUAUUUUUUUGAGCGCGGCCGAAGGCCGCCAACGCAGAGAGGAGUACUACGCGAAAGUACUUCAGUCACCGCGGAUAUUCGCUCGGCCAGGGUUAUUUUUUUAGAGCGCGGCCGAAGGCCGCCAACGCAGAAAGGAGUACUACGCGAAAGUACUUCAGUCACCCCUGGUAUUCGCUCGGCCAGGGUUAUUUUUUUUAGAGCGCGGCCGAAGGCCGCCAACGCAGAGAGGAGUACUACACGAAAGUACUUCAGUCACCCCGGGUAUUCGCUCGGCCAGGGUUAUUUUUUUAGAGCGCGGCCGAAGGCCGCCAAUGCAGGAAGGUUUACUACGCGAGAAUACUUCGGUCACCCCGGGUAUUCGCUGAUGAUUUUAUUAUAGUGUGGCAGCAUUAUAAAUAUGUAAAUUAUAUAUUGUGGUAACAUCAUAAAUCUGUAAAUUAUGUAUCUUAUUAUAAAUAAAAGAGUGUGGCAGCACGAUCUGCGGCCAUGUUGAAGAUAAAGAAGAACGAGUGCAGAUCAUUUAAAAAGAGCGUCCAACAUAAUAAAAUUGUUUAAAAUAUCAGAAGUGGUUGUAUUGCGCCCAAAAUGUCAUCAAACGAGGAUUCGCUUAGUUUAUACACAGUUGAACAAUUAAAAUCAUGGUUGCGUUCGCUCAAACAUAAAACAACAGGUAGUAAAGCCGAACUAAUUGUUCGCCUACAAAAAAUUCCUGAGGAGCUUCGUGGAAAUUUUCGAAACUCCAUGGUUGACGUUGACGCUGACGUUGACUGUACGCAAGCCAUCAUUGCGGAAAAAGAACAAGCUGAUGAAAUCAACGAAGGAGCGAGCAGUAUAAACAUCACCGAGGAGUGUGGUGAAUUUAGCAAUGGGAUUGUACCACAAUAUGACGCAAGUAAUCGAACGAGUGUUGAAAAGAAACAAAAAGAGUGUGAUGCAAACGAGUGGCGACUUUUAAAAAUCGAAUUAGAAUUGUUGAAGCGUGAGUGUGAACUAAAGAAGAUGGAAAAUGAACUUCUAAUGAGAGAAAAAGAACAGUUGAGAAAUAGUGAUAAUCAAACAAAAAACAUUUCCAAUAAGCAAAAGUUCGCAGAUGUUAAAGAACUUAUAUCUGAAUUUUCUGGUAGUGGUGAAUGCCUUAAGCUAUGGCAAGCACAACUAAAAAAUAUCCAGAGUGUUUACCAACUUGAUGAUAACAACCUAAGAGCAUUAAUUGCAAAUAAAUUAAAAGGCAAUGCGCUAAAGUGGUUACAUUCUCGAGAUGACUUGAUUUUAAUGCCAAUCGACAAGUUCUUAAAGGAAAUGAGGUCGCUGUUUGAAGAAAAAACAAGCAAUUUGAUGCUAAAGAAAAAGUUUGAAAUCAGGCAGUGGUUGACUACCGAAUCGUUUCGAGAAUAUUUCCAAGAAAAACUAAUUCUGGCAAAUAGAAUUCUAAUUGGUGAAGAUGAACUUGUAGAAUAUCUAAUUGAUGGUAUUCCGGAUAACACUUUACGUUCGCAAGCUAAAAUGCAACGAUUUCAUGACAAAUAUGAAUUGUUAGAAGCGUUUAGAAAUAUUCAAUUGCCACGAUAUAUAUCAAAGAAAAUGACAGCAGACAAUCAACAUGAGCAGUCGAAUAAUGGACAACAAACAACAAGAGUCGUGAGAUGCUACAAUUGCAACUCCGUUGGCCAUUUAGCAAGUGUAUGCCGAAAACCCAAACGAGAGCUUGGUGCUUGUCAUGUAUGCGCUGAAGUUGGCCAUUUAGCAGCAAAUUGUCCACAAAGGAAGAGCCGCCCUGUACAACAUGUCACAGAAUUGAUGGAAGGCGAUGAAUAUGAUCAUUAAUUGAUACGGGAAGCCCCAUUAGCUUUGUUCGCCAACAGUUCGUACCAGAUGUAGUAAUAAACAGAAAGAACAAUGUAUUUUUAAAAUAUAGUGGUAUAAACAAAAGUCCAUUAUCUAUUGUCGGAAAUGUAAACAGUUUUAUUUUUUUCAAAAAUAAAAGAAUUGAAUUAACGAUGUUAGUUGUAACAAAUGAAACAAUGACUCAUCCAAUUAUUUUAGGAAGAGACUUUUUAAGUAAAUCUAAUUUAAAAUUAGAAUGUAAAGAAAUAGAUUCGAAUUUCAAAGUCGAAAAUAACACAUAUGAUGAAGAGUGUCAAAGAUUAAUGAAAAUUGAAUUUGAUAACACUAAAUUUUCUGUGAAUUACAAUGAAGUAUUGAAAACUGAAGCAAAAACUCCUAAUGUUUAUAUAAAAAAUGAUAAUGUAAGUGUCUAUGCAAAACAAAAAUUUCUGCAAAUAUUUCAAGAUUAUUAUAUGUGCUGUAAGCGCCCCGAUACGCCAAAAAUUAGAUGUGAGAUGAAACUGUUGUUGAGUACAGAAAAACCUUUUAAUUGUCCUCCAAGAAGACUGUCAUACAGUGAAAAACAACAAGUUAGGGUUGUUUUAGAUGACUUAAUGCAAACCAAGAUAAUUAGGCCGAGUAAGUCAGAAUAUUCUUCCCCCAUUGUUUUAGUAAGGAAAAAAACAGGUGAUAUAAGGUUAUGUGUGGAUUUUCGUAGUUUGAAUAAGAUAACAUUGAAAGAUAACUAUCCCUUGCCUCUUAUUGAUGAUCUGUUAGAUAGACUAGCAAAUAAAAGCAUUUUUUCGUUAUUGGAUUUAAAGAGUGCGUUCUAUCACGUAGAUAUGGUUGAAGAUUCGAUUAAAUACACUUCUUUUGUAACACCGAUGGGGCAGUACGAGUUUUUGAAAAUGCCUUUCGGUCUGAAAAAUGCACCUUCAACAUUCCAGCGGUUUGUUAGCCAUGUUUUCGAUGAUCUGAUUCGAGCAGAGAAAAUUGCUAUUUAUUUAGACGAUAUCAUGAUAGCUACAAGUAAUGAAGAAGAACAUUUAGACAUUUUGCAGGAAGUUUUUAAUAAGUUAGUACAAAACAAAUUGGAAUUGAGGUUAGAUAAAUGCCGAUUUAUGGAGUCAGAAAUACGCUAUUUAGGAUAUAACAUUUCGAGUAAAGGUAUUCUACCGGAUGAAAAGAAUGUAGAAGCUAUAGUGAAUUUUCCUAUACCCAGUAACACAAAAGCUGUACACAGUUUUUUGGGCUUAUGCUCAUACUUUAGAAGAUUCGUUAAAGAUUUUUCGCGAGAAGCUCAGCCUCUGUACAAACUAAUAAAAAAGAAUGUUAAAUUUACAUUUGGGGAAGACGAGUUACAGUGUUUUGAGAAACUUAAAAAUAAAUUAAUUGGGUCUCCUAUCUUAGCGAUUUACGACCCAAGAGAUGAUACAGAGCUGCAUUGCGAUGCCAGCUCUCGGGGAUUUGGUGCAAUAUUAUUACAAAAAAAGAGUGACGACAAAUUUCACCCAGUCUUUUAUUUUUCGAAACGUACCAGCGAGCCCGAAUCUAAAUACCACAGCUUUGAGCUGGAAACACUUGCAAUUAUUUAUGCACUUCGGAGAUUUCGGGUAUAUCUUCAAGGAUUGAAAUUUAAGAUAGUCACUGAUUGCAAUUCACUCAUGCUAACUUUAAAUAAGAAGGAAGUAAAUCCAAGAAUAGCCAGGUGGGCACUCGAAUUGCAAAAUUUUCAAUAUGUUCUCGAACACCGUAAUGGA